UCAGAGAGUUUGAGUGAUUAAGUCACAAAUUUCAAAAGAUCCGAAUCUAAUUCUCUUUUUCUAAGUUCUAAGUCUCUCUCUCUCUCUCUCUCUUUUUAACAAAACAGACCUAUAGACUUUCUCUUCAUUGGAGUACAUUGUUAUUGAAAAUCCAAAUGGCUACGGUGAAACAUGUAUCUGUACACACACGUAUCAUAUCCUUUUGCAAAGAAAUUACCCAUAAGAAACUUCACCUACGAAUAAUACUAUUGAGAGUUAAAUUUCUGUCCUAACCUGAUCUAACAAUAUUGGAGUGGCAGAUGAUAUGGUCCAAUUGACAUAAUAUUAGGCCACUGUUAUAAGUCAGCAAUGCUGGCGUGAUAUAACCAAAUAAUAUAAAAAUAAAUAAAUAAAAUGGAACUCAUUUCUUAUUAUGGAGGUGAUUAUGUAUGUAUUACAUGACUGGGUGAUUAUGAAUUUUUGUUAAACUCACUUGUAUAUUUGUUUAUUUUUUAAUUAACGGUUACAACACGUGACAUUGUUGAUAAUUUUGUCCUUAUUUUGGAAAGAUAAAUUUCUGACCCCAGUUUUUAUUGGUUAAUAAUGCAGUUGCCAACCCAGUUCUACACCGCAUUGUUAUACGCAGCAACUACAGUAGUGUUGGUGUUGCAGUGCUUAUACUACGAUCACUUUCUGCAAUGGUGGAGGUGCCGACACAUCAAAGUCAAUCUGGUUAAAGCUGAGACAACGAAACCUUUGAAACCCAAGUCAGCUGCAACACAUUCCCCUGUUGAGGUACCUCGUCGGAGGGACUUCUAUUUUAGGUCAGCAAGAUCUCUGGCUGGAAGUGAUACUCCACCAUUUCAAUCUUACAUUAAGCCCAAAAGCGGUCCUUCUGCUUUGGAGCGUGACGCUGAUUCAUCAUCUGAAGACGAACCACUUCCACCUUCUUCCUUAACCAACCCUGUCACUCAGCCUUGGAGAAUUUCACGUUCGGGGGGCUAUGGGACUUUCCUGGCUGCUACUGCUGCCAACUUUCCUCUUCCAAGCAACUCUUUGAAGGAGGUUCACAUAAAUCAAACUGGGAGGAGAUUAUUGCAGGAAGAUAAUAGCAACAUCUAUGGGCAAUCGCUGGGGUGGUUGAUGGCUGCUAUAUACAUGGGAGGGCGAGUCCCCCAGAUUUGGCUGAACAUUAAAAGAGGGAGUGUGGAGGGCUUGAACCCUCUGAUGUUCAUCUUCGCCCUUAUUGCCAAUGCCACUUACGUCGGGAGGUCUCUGUCUCUCCCAUACACACUUUGUCAAUAAUCUCUCAUUCUGUGGAUCAUAUUCUGUGGUUAAUCAAUGCAGCAUUCUGGUGAGAAGCACGGAAUGGGAGAAGAUAAAAGCUAACCUGCCAUGGCUGCUGGAUGCAAUAGUCUGCGUGUUGCUUGAUCUCUUAAUCAUCCUUCAGUUCAUCUACUACAAGUACAUUGGGCGAAAGAAGAUUCAUUACGUUGGUUAAGAUUAUGGGGACUAUCUAGAGAGAAACAAUAAGUAUUCUGCUAUGGAACUCCAUUUAAUUCAGUCUAUUUUUGUUAUGAUGAUUGAUUUCUGUGUAUGUAUAUACAUAUAGACUAAGAAUUGUCCGUGCAUACGACACACAAAAACAUGAAUAAGAUCUGAG